AUGAACUAUUGCAUUGUACAAAGUAAAAAUCCAGUUUUUGGUGGUUGAAUUUAUGCCAUACACUUAAAAUAAUCACCUAAUUGAAAAACAUGUAAUGCAAAAGCAGAGGAAUGAAUGUAAGAGUUGUACCUAUUAGAUUAGUUGUGCACAAUGUCUGUUCAAUCUAUUUUACUUUUAUCUUUAAUAUGUGCGUGUUCUUGUGCAAGAAUCUUGGUGUAUCUAACUUCUCCUUAUCGUACUCAUCAUGCUACAUUUCAAAACCUGUGGAAGGAACUGUCCUUGAGGGGUCACCAACUGACUAUAAUCACUAAGUUCCCAAUGAACGAUCAAAGUCUUACUAAUAUCAGUGAAAUUUAUGUGAAACGUAUCGACGACGAAAUGAUCGACAAUUUCCUCCAUAACGUUUGUGAUGAUUACACAGGCUCAAUCAUGGAAGCCAUCAAAAUCUUCACCGACGCAAAUCGCAACGAUAUCAUGAAUCCCAAAGUUCAACAACUGAUUAACAACAAAAAUAACGCAUUCGAUUUAUUUAUAUUCGAAGCUCAGAUCUUGUUUCCACUUGUUUUAUCGUGGGUCUUCAAGUGCCCUUCUAUUGGUGUGUCAUCUUUAGAUGCAAUACUGCAUAUCGGUUAUUACGUGGGGAAUCCCAUCCAUCCAAUUGUAAAGCCUGACAUAAACAUGCCUGUUGUUGAUUAUGAACGUUUAAGUUUUGUCGAAAGGGCCACACAGGUGUUUUAUCACUGUGCCCACAUGUUGGUGUUCAAUUAUCUCGGAUUGCCAGCUGAACAAAGGUUGGCUGUUGAGUUAUUUGGGGAUGAAGUGCCUGAUUUGAAACUCAUUGCUCGUAAUAUUAGUUUGUUGUUGCUGGUCACCAACCCAAUUUUUACUAACGUUUCCCCUUUGUAUGGACAUACCGUGUCUAUUGGGAAUGGAAUACAUUUUGAUGAACCUAAGCCACUCUCUGUGGACCUUCAAAAGUAUUUGGACAACUCGAAGAAUGGAGUCAUCUAUUUCAGCCUGGGAUCCAAUGUGAAAGGUCGCCUACUAAAUGACACCACAAAAAGGGAGAUUCUUAAUGCCUUUGCUGACCUACCCUAUAACGUGUUGAUGAAGAUGGACACUGAACUGAAGGACGUUCCAAAGAAUGUCAGGAUAGAAAAGUGGCUUCCACAGCAAGACAUUUUACGACACCCUAAUGUUAAACUGUUUAUUAGCCAAGGAGGGCUACAAUCUCUUCAAGAAUCUAUUACAAAUGGAAUACCCUUGGUGGGUAUUCCUUUCUUUGGUGACCAAAUUUCCAACGUUUACAGGAUGGUUAAAAAGGGUUAUGGGGUUCGUCUGGACAAAAAAGAAAUUACUAAAGAUAAUCUUAAGGCCGCCAUCUUGGAAGUCAUGAACAAUCCGAAGUAUCGUGAGAAAGCGAAAGAGAUGGGUGAGCUUCUUCAUGAUGAACCCAUGACCAGCCUUGAAAAAGCUGUUUGGUGGAUAGAAUAUGUCAUCAGACAUAAAGGAGCAAAGCACUUAAGGAGUCCUGCAGUGGACUUGCCAGUCUAUCAAUAUUACAUGUUGGAUGUUAUUGGAUUUUUACUAUUAGUUACAAUUAUUCCUAUUUAUUUGUUUGUUAAAAUUUUGAAAUUUAUUGUCAGGAAAAUAUGUUGUAAAAAGAGUAAAUCAAAAAGAGAUUAAAACUGCCUUACGUUAAUACAUAUUUGUAUAAAUCUAAGUUUAAUAUUUUUUAAUUUUUGUAAUAAAUGACUUUGUUUAAACAUCAAUUGUUUCACAGACUUGUAAACUCUAAAUAAAUUUUUGUAAAGAUA